UAUUACCCCGAGAGAGCUUAUCAGUAACUUCGAUUGUGUUUCCCUGUCCUUGCUUGGAUCAUGCUCUUGUCGCCCAUGCAUUCGUUCCUGAUCAAGUUUAAAUACCCGCCUGGGGCACGUUUGCUCAGAGAGCAACUUUGCUGAGAGCUAUUUGCUCUAAACUUCCUGCGGUGGCCAAAGCGCUGAUGAUGCCAGACAGCGACAGCAGCUCACUCUCCACUACAUCCGCGACAACAACCACCGUCUCUUCAUCGCCCACAUACCUCACUGGCGAGAAAGACGACCCACUUCUGCCCUCCCCCUCCGAGAUUUGUCGCAUAUUCCACGAUGGCCAAGCAACCUGGGCGAACAUUUUGUCGAUGGUUGACGAUUUCCCACCCGGCCGGUGGCCCACCACGUCUCUGGACCCAUACAUCACGUUGAUGGACGUCCCCGGUCUACCAACAAAGCUUCCUCGCGGCAAAAAAAUAUAUGGACGGCCACUCUGGCGUGUACCUCGUCUGGAGACAGCCCCAACGCACACGGAGGAUACCGACAAGGACUGGGAUCCAGAGCUCGUUCAUGGUCGUCGUGUUGAUUUCAACCUCGAAACAGAGAGUCCGCUGCAUUGCCGGUUAUCUUUAGAGGCCGCCUCCCAUCUCCUAUUCGACAGCACGGAGACGGCCGAUAGUAUCGCCGUCCUCACCUUGUGCUGGUCGUACAUCCUCUCUGUCAGGCUGCUUGAAAUGCAGGGUCAGCAAGUGAAGUACACACUUCACCGGCUGUGGCCACAACCGGGAGAAAGCGACAAGCCUGGGUUGGUUCGGUUGGAUGGCGCGUCUCCUGCGCUUGUGAGAUGGCUUUGUGCGGUUUUGAGCCCUGAGUUGGGUUGGUCAGGCAGCGGCAAAGGGCUUCCUCCUUGGGCAGCCUCCCUCCAAGAACACCUUGUUAUCGAAACCUCCGAGCCGGUGCCAGAUUCUCCCUCGCCUCCCAGCUCGACCGAAGCGACAGAGCUCCUCCUUGAAUUCUGCCGACUAUUCAACCUCGAAACGGAAGGAAAUCAGAACAAGCAAUGGGACCAGCUGGCACCCUGCAGGGCAGGGUUCUUUGCCGCGCUUGCGCUCCCUUUCUAUCGUUUCAUGGGGCUCCGCCCCCAACUUCCUUUUCCACGAUUAACCUGCCCCGAUGGUAGCAGGUUCAAUGACACCAGCGGAACUAGUAUUCGCGGUUAUCUUCGCGACUUACGGUACUUUAUGACCCUCAGUCUCCACCCGCUAUCGCUUGGCUCCACUCUCUGGAGUGUGUUUUGGCAGCCAGACAUUGAUUGCAACCUCGUGAGUCCGUGGCUUGCCGCCGUACUCGAUAUUCUUGAGCCUGCUAUCAAAGCCAAGAACCUCGAGAAGCUAUUAAAAGCAUUUGCUUUGCGGCGACCUCGAGUUGCUCUUUGGUGGCUUGCCCUCGCUUUACUUGGCGACCUCUCUAUUCUAGACUGGAUUCGACGAUACGCAACAACUUGUACCGAGAAAUAUGGUUACGGCUCGCUCUCCCCCCCCGAUCCAAUGUUCUCUGCUUGGACGGGCACAAAGCAAUCAUUUUUAGAUCAAGAGAUUACCGCAUGCUACAUGGAACCGUCCGACCAAAUUCCUUGGGCAGACAUCCUCCGUCGACGCUUUGAUUUUAACCUACAGGGUUCAGGCCCUAUGCUUUUAUCCUGGCGUCCAUUCGGAUGCGUGGCGAAACGUUCAGUUGAACCAGACCUCUGGCCGUACUUGGAGACAAAACGUGCCCAUCAAUACCAGUCCUUCCUCUGGUAUUCAAUGACGAAAAGAGGAUUUCGCACCUCUGACCCUGGGUUUCGCCGGAAUACAGGCAGAAGCAUCGAGGUCGCCCGUGAUGACUUGACGCGGCUCUCGCCAGGUCGCGAGUGUCACGAAAAUCAUCACAGUAUCAAUCUAGAGCCCUCGAAAACCUCGACGCUGAGAAUGAUGUCCUUUCUUGUGGAGGAUGCCACUGGCAGCCGGCACUGGUCUAACGCAGCGAUGUCCGAGCAAUCGAGACAACACCCUUGGUUGCGCGGAUGGGAGGGUCUUGCCACAAUGGAAGUGGAGUGCCGAGGUUCUGCAGAAGCGAUUGAGGGAGUGAAAGCACCUUCGUGGUUUUUAGGUGAAUGGAUAAGGGGCGAGCAUGAUGGAGGUGAUCAGGCGCAGGGCGAAGGUGGACUGGUAACAGCGUAAGUUUUGCCUGACACAAUUUUUGUGAUGUUAUAGCUUGUAAUACAUCGUUCAGCCUAUGUGUGCUAGCACCACUUGCGUGUCCGGAUCAGUAGCAGCAGGACUGAGCACCCCGGCAGUGAUGGUGCUGACUAGGAUUUCUGGGCAUUCCCGUUGAAGAAGUGGCUGUGAUAACCAUGCCGUCUAUUGACACUUCCACUCUCGAGCUGUGCUGCUUCGUCCCUCCCAGUGAGUCUGCACCUGGAAUAGGAAAUUAUUCGUACGAACCAGAUGACCAGCUUGCCAAACACUCUACGUCCUAGGACAGAC